UAGACGUUUUUAGGUCCCAAAGAUUGAGGAGAUGUUACUAUUGCCCGCCAACAUCCUCUUUUCUUCCGCCAUAUCUCUCUGCUAGGUUCUUCCUCACUCUAUUUCUUUCCCAUCACCAGUUACAGUUUUUUCAGAUUGGAAAUUGAACUUGACAUCAGAACUGGAGGGUGAAUCUUAUACAAGUCAGCAGUGAAAAUGGUUUCUGAAUUAAUAAAUGCCAAUCCCGUAGUGUAUGAAAAGAAGGAGCGUCGAGAUAGAGGCGCGACAGCUGUUGGGGAUGAAUUUGCAGCUGAACCUAUCGACCAGCUAGAAAUUUUUGACCAUAUUAGAGAUAUAAAAGAUCCAGAGCAUCCCUAUUCUCUGGAAGAGCUAAAAGUUAUAACAGAAGAUGCCGUUGAGGCAGAUGACGAGCGAAGCUAUGUAAGGGUCACAUUCACGCCUACCGUUGAACAUUGCAGCAUGGCGACCGUUAUUGGAUUAUGCUUGCGUGUGAAACUUAUGCGAAGUUUACCUUCCCGUUAUAAGGUGGAUAUUAGAGUAGCACCUGGGACUCAUGCUACAGAAGCUGCAGUAAAUAAGCAGUUGAAUGACAAAGAACGGGUAGCCGCAGCAUUGGAGAACCCUAAUCUUGUCGACAUGGUUGACGAAUGCCUCGCUCCAUCUUAUGCCUGAGGAAGCUUUUGUUUAGUAUAUGGAGAUCCAACCGGAAAGGCUUUUCCUCAAGCAUGUUUAUUGGUGUUUGGUUCACUUAUUAGGUUAUGCAAGAAUUGCAAUGUAGGGAUAGUUUAUGCAGGUGACUAAAGAUGAAGGGCAGAGAUUAUAUUUUUCUUAUGCAGCAAAUCGAAUAUUACAUAUAUAUUUUGUGGAAUUUAUGUUGAGAUCAAUUUCUUCAA